AUGGCAACUCUUGGUAUAGGACAAGGAGAAAAUCAAAGAAGACGUUUACCAAAGUUAAUUCCACCUAAUCCAGGUGGUGGAAGUAGUGAUGAUACACCUCGUACAACGACUGGUGAUGAAAGUGCUCGACAACGACGACGAGAUCGACAACAAUCAGCUCGUCAACAAACACCAGAUGGUCGAGAAACAAUUUCAUCACCAUCAAUCAAAGAACUUCCGUUACCACCUCGAUCUAAUCAAAGUGAGGAACGUGACCCAACAAAACGGCGUAAAGCUCGACGACGUGUUAAAUCAUCAUCACAAUUAGAACAAGAACCUUCAUUAUUAAGAGGUUUAGAAGAUGAAGUUAUUGUAGAAAAAUCCAAAAGAUCCAAUGAAUUUGUUUUACCUGAUCUUUUAUUAUCAAGUACAUAUGCUGGUAAUACAGCAUCAAAAAGUGCUCCAACACCUCGUAUUUAUGUUGAAAAUAAAAAAACAUUUUCAAGUGUUAAUAAAGAUGCUGCAACAGUACGUAUAGGUAAUAGAAGUGGACAAUCACCAUAUACAUUAGGACAUGAUGAUAGUUAUACAUUUCAACAACAAACAGCUGAAGUUUUAAAACGUUAUACCGUACACGUUGCUAAACAAACUCAUGCAGCUUUUCAAAAAUUCUUUCUUUUCAUACAUGGUAUUAAUUCUGGUUAUGCAUUAUGGGUAUGCGUAUUCUCUUUUGUAUUUAUCAGUGGAGAAGGUUCAGAAUUUUUUACUAUUUAUCGAACAAUUGCAUUGAUAACACAUCUUUUAUUUUAUCUUUUUCUUGCUAUAUGUAUGGUCGAUGUUCUAGAUAGAAUCGAUCCAGUUAAAUUUAAUAGAACAGUACUUUUACAAUCAAUUACUGCACAAAAUGCUGCACCAGCUUUAAUCUUUUAUAUGGUUGCUAUGGUUACUAAUUUAGUUAUGAUGAAAACAGAAGAUCAAUUACGUAUGACUCUAUAUAAUUCAGAUGUAAAUGGAACAAUUUCAUCUAUUAAUGAUAUAGCGACUAAUCAAGGAGAUUUAUGGAAAAAUUUAACAGCAGUUCGAGCAGCAUUUAGUGUAGUUGGCUGGUUUAUUGUAAGUAUACAUGCUAAAAAUGAUCGAUUAAGUACAAUGAUUAAGAAUACAGAAGAAAAAGCAUUUUAUGAAGAAUUAAAAAUCGAACAAAAUACUGUGCCACUUGUUGCUGGAAUGAAUUCUGCUUAA